UUUUAAUUUUUCUAGCACUGGAGGGCGCGCUAAUGCAAAACAUCGCACACGCCACGUGCCGUUCGAUCUAGACCACGGACAUGUCUGACUUCGCGCUCGCAGGUGCAAUUUGUGAGCUGAUUUAACAACAGAACACUGCAAGUGCCGUUCGAAAGGAUUUUUUCUUUUUUCAAGCAUUGAAUUUUAGGAAGUGACGUCACACAGGUGCGUGAUUACCGAUGUAUCAGAUAUGUCGGUGAACUGGACUGUGCAACUCGGCAGACACAUUUCAUUGUGAGCGUCAAACAUCAUGGCUUUGUCCAUACAUCUCAAGAAGCUUUCAGUGUUUGCAACAACACUCUAUUCACAUGCUGGCAAAACUGUGCAUGGAUCCUGUGCGCUGUUCUCCAAUCACAAGCAGUUGCCGACAUUGACCCUGUUUACUAAGGACAAUUGUUCACUCUGUGAUGAUGCGAAAGAGGUUUUACGGAAAUAUGGCGACAGGUUUGUCUUGGAGGAAGUCUACAUCACCAAGCCUGAAAACAGGGCAUACUUCAAGAGGUAUCGCUACGACAUCCCGGUCUUCCACUUCAACGGGGAGUUUCUGAUGAAACAUCGUGUUGACGAAGAGCUGUUCAAGAAGGUCCUUGCAGAGUACGAGCAGAGCGCUGUUGACUGAACAACACGGGCAGGUGAUUGCAAGACUCUACUAUCAACUACCACCAGCUGACCAGUGACAGUUUGCAACCAUUCCAAAACCUUCAUCAUCACUUUCACUCACCAAAAUUCUUCCGCAACGCAGAAACUUUUCACCUGACUAAAUAACAUGUGGUCUCAACAUGCCAGGAAAAUUGGAAGCAUGCUGUCAACUGCUGGGCCAAGAACCGUUCUUGUGCAGCAAUCUUCUAUCAGACAGCAGCUGUCAGCUUUUGGCAGUUGGAGACAAGAGUUGACACGUCUGUCUAAUCCAAAAUGCCAUUUGAGCUUAGCACCAAAUUUACUCAGUCAGCAACUUUGCCGGUUCACCGAGUGUAGUAUUUUACGGGUGGGUCACAAAGUUAAGAAUGGUAAGCAGGUACCUGUGUGCUUAGGGCAGCAAGACCAUGCAUUCCAACAACCAGGCUGUAUGUAUGCAUCCAGUAGUAAAAAGCAAGUCAUUAGUGUUUACACAGAUGCCAGCCGUUUUGGCAUCGGCUGUGUGUGGGGUAAAAAAUGGGUAAAGGGUCAGUGGACCGAAGAAUGCCUCAAAGAAUACAAGCCCAAGCCUGACUUUUGUGAAACUUACGCCAUUUUGUGUAGCAUCGAAGCAUUUGGGCCAGACUGGGCUGGCUGCUGCAUUCAAUUUUUCUGCGAUCACCGCGAAGUAGUAUUGAGUUUCAAUACAAAGAGCAACUGCGGAAACCAAAACACCAAACCUUUGUUUGACGAGAUUAAAUCAAGGGCGCUGAGCUUUGAGAUAGAUUUGGAUUUGAAGUUGUUAUGUGGGAAGGAUAAAAAGUGUGUCCCGCUUCACCGGGCUGCUGAUGCAUUGUCCAGGGGUCAGAUGCUCAAGUUUAGGAAGUACCACCCUGAUGCGGAUGCCAUGGCAACAAAGCUGCCAUCUCAUCUUAGUAUGAUUAAACAUGACCCAAAUUAAAUUCUGGUACAUACUUGUAGCAGCUUGAGAGGAAUACAAGUUGGCAUACGGUUGUAAGACAGUGGUGAAUCAGGGGGUAUUGCAGAAGUAAUGACUGGGAUGUUCCAAGAUUUGUUCGGAGGGGGGCGGGGGGUCGCAGUCAAUGCAUGAAAGUCCAAAGGGCCUAAAGCAACUGAUCAAGAGGUGUAAUGGUGACAUUACUCUAGAAACGUGAUAAUAUUUUUUAAUUCUUUGCUAUUUCAUAAAUCAUUUAUAUUGGUCAGUGAGAGGGUUAGGGGUGUUUAGCCACCGUCACGACAAUCAGCUGCCUUGUAUCAAAUGUGUGUAAGAAUUAGGCCAGUUUACUUAAGUAUAGAUAUGUUAAGGUCAGUUUUAAAUGUUUUUUUUACAGCCAAAACGUCAUGUAAACUAGUGGUUGGGUUGAUUUACAUGCAUGGUUGUUAAAAACAAGUAUGAAACAUUUUUUCGUUUGUACAGAAAUUAUCCCUACAAUUUAAAAUAUAUGUCAACUGGUGGAAUAUUUUAUUUUUGGGAAUAUUUUUAAGAACUGUGUAAUGUGUUUUAUUAUUUCUUCAGUUAACUGUGUACUGUAAGUCCAUGUAGUUUGGCUAUAUGAUCACAAAUAUUCUUAAGUUCAGAAAGGUAAAUUUUACGAAGGAAAAAAAUAACUUUGCCAAAAAAGUGUUUGGAUUGUUUUAAAUUUCAAGAACUUUAACAACUCCUAUUAAUUGUAGUACAUAUCAUUUCUAAUCAUAGUAUAAAUGUGAAUUAUAUUAGCAUGCACAUGUAUUAAAGAGAAAACAAACAAUGUAAUUGGUUGAAUUUUCAUAAAUGAAAUGACUUUUGACUACAGGUAAUGAGAUUACCUAUUGUAAACGUUUAAAAAUAUAUUUCAAAAAAUUAAUUGAUACAAAAUUCUAGGAAUGCCUGAUUGCAACUGAUAAUCAUUCAAAUGGUUCAUCAUUCUAUGAUUUAGAGAAAUACAUUAAGAGCCUAAACGAUGUCCAGUAGCGCAUCCAAACGGUGGAGGGGGCAGCCUUACCUGUUAAAGUUCAACUCACUGGUUUUUAAUUUACUCUUUCUGAGAAAAUAGUGGAAACCAUGCACAACCUUUCGAUCACGAAAUACGAUUUCGUCUAUAAACUAAUAUUUCCAAAAAAUCUGUCAAUUGACCGAUUGUUGGAAAUCACCUACAUUUUUUGAUUUCAUUUAAAUGACAGUAAGCCAUAUGGAACAAUUUCAUGGGGUGUUUAGUGCCAGUACGAUCUUAAAUACAAGUAAAGUUUUUGAAUGUAACUUUUUGAAUAAAUGCAAUGAUGAUCCUA